UUGGCCAUCGCGAUGACUGAACGAUUGAAACAUUUUAGAGAAAUUGGGAAGAAAGUAGUUGCAGUCUGCCGAAACUACAAAGGUCUUACGGCUGCUCAAGGAAUACCUAAUCCGAAGACGCCAAGCCUGUUUGCAAAGCCAACAACUGCAUAUAUUACCGAAGGACAAUCAAUUUGUAUUCCUGAAGGUUGUAAUCUAUUGUUCCAUGAAGUUGAACUAGGAGUUGUCAUAAAGCAGAAAUGUUCCAACGUUGCUGUCUCAGAUGUCGAUGAUUAUAUUGGUGGCUUUGUUCUUGCUCUAGAUAUGACCGCUAAAGACUUUCACAACGAUGCAAAAGCUAAUUCUCGGCCAUGGUUUCUUAGCAAAGGAUUUGACACUUCCUGUCCAGUUAGCGACUUUAUUGAAAGAGAAAAAGUUCCAAAUUAUCAAGAUUUAAGGUUAUGGUUAAAAGUAGAUGGCGUUAUAAAACAGGACGAUAGUACCUCUGAUAUGAUAUUCUCUGUCCCAGAAGUCAUUUCUUACAUCAGUAAAUAUAUAACAUUAGAGGAAGGAGAUGUUGUUUUGACAGGAACACCUGACGGUCAAGGGCCAGUGACAGAAGGACAAAUCAUGGAAGCAGGACUUGCUGAUAUAGUGUCCAUGAAAUUUUCUGUUGCAAAAUGAGAAUGUCACAAAAAUAAAAAUUCGAGUACUAAA